AGAGAGGACUGUGCGCGUUCAGACAGGACAGGAGGGCGCGCGGGACAUCAGCACACCGGCCGGGUCAAGAAGCUGCAAGGAUGGAGAUCCGACCAGACAGGUUUAAGGCGGUCGCGGGCAAAACUCUGGGGAAAAUUCACAGGCUGAUUGAGAAGCGGCAGCCCAAUGGAGAAACCAUUGAAUUGUCAGCGGAGGGUCGCCCUGAGCUGGUGGAGGAGAAGGAGCUGCCGGUGGUGGACUGUACCUGCUUUGGCCUACCGAGGCGGUACAUCAUCGCCAUCCUGUCUGGCUUGGGAUUCUGCAUCUCUUUUGGUAUCCGGUGUAACCUGGGUGUGGCCAUUGUAAGCAUGGUCAAUGACCACACUGUCUACAAAGGCAACAAGGAAGUACUUGUGGCUGCACAGUUCACCUGGGAUCCUGAGACAGUGGGGAUGAUCCACGGCUCCUUCUUCUGGGGCUACAUCGUCACACAGAUCCCGGGUGGCUUUAUAUGUCAAAAAUUUGCAGCCAACAGAGUAUUUGGCUUUGCCAUAGUGGCCACAUCAACUCUCAACAUGCUGAUUCCAUCUGCUGCUCGCUGCCAUUACAGCUGCGUCAUACUGGUCAGGAUAUGCCAGGGCCUUGUUGAGGGUGUAUCAUACCCAGCCUGCCACGGGAUCUGGGCCAAGUGGGCGCCUCCUCUUGAAAGAAGUCGAUUAGCCACAACAGCCUUUUGUGGAUCCUAUGCAGGGGCGGUGGUGGCCAUGCCUUUAGCUGGGAUACUGGUGCAAUACACUGGGUGGCCUUCAGUAUUCUAUGUCUAUGGCAGCUUUGGGAUAUUCUGGUAUCUGUUCUGGGUUCUGGUGUCAUAUGAGAGUCCCGCAGCCCAUCCCACCAUCACACCAGAGGAGAGGAAGUACAUUGAAGAUGCAAUCGGAGAGUCUGCAGCAUUUCUUAAUCCUCUCCAAAAAUUUAAAACUCCAUGGAGACACUUCUUCACCUCCAUGCCAGUCUACGCCAUCAUUGUGGCCAACUUCUGCAGGAGCUGGACCUUUUACCUGCUGCUCAUCAGCCAGCCAGCCUACUUUGAAGAAGUCUUUGGCUUUGAGAUCAGCAAGGUGGGCAUGGUGUCAGCUUUGCCCCAUCUGGUGAUGACCAUCAUUGUGCCUGUUGGAGGCCAGUUGGCAGACUACCUGAGAACCCACAACCUGAUGUCCACCACCAACGUCAGGAAGCUCAUGAACUGUGGAGGUUUUGGGAUGGAGGCCACCCUCCUGCUGGUGGUGGGAUACUCUCAUUCAAAAGGUGUUGCCAUUUCCUUUUUGGUCCUCGCUGUGGGUUUCAGUGGAUUUGCCAUCUCAGGGUUUAAUGUCAAUCACUUGGAUAUCGCCCCUCGAUAUGCCAGCAUACUGAUGGGCAUCUCAAACGGGGUGGGAACACUAUCUGGAAUGGUGUGUCCUCUCAUAGUGGGAGCCAUGACCAAACACAAGACACGUGAAGAGUGGCAGUAUGUCUUCCUUAUAGCUUCCCUCGUUCAUUAUGGAGGAGUGGUUUUCUAUGGACUCUUUGCAUCGGGAGAAAAGCAAGCAUGGGCGGACAUAGAGGACACAAGUGAGGAGAAGUGCGGUAUUAUAGAUGAGGAUGAACUGGCCAAUGAAACAGAGGAGCUCUACCGUGGAGGUGGGCAAUACGGGGCCAUAAACCAACCAGUUGUUGGAUCCAACGGAGGAGGGGCAGGAGGAGGAGGAGCUGGUUCUGGAUGGGUGUCGGACUGGGAUAAGUCUGAGGAGUACGUGCAGCCACCUGGAUACAACUCUUAUAUGUACGGGGGAGAAGAGGAGAGGGAGCUGACAUAGAAGAUCAACAUGAUACGAGUUUAAAAACAAGAUAAAGAAAAGAGGAAGAUUGUUUUUGGAAGGGGAUUGUAAGAAAGUCACUGCUUCACUGAAUGGACCUGCUGUGUGCUUUUGUACAUUAUUAACGAUUGCACAUAUCAAAAGUAUGCAUCUGAUUCAUUCCAGUGUGUGUGUGUGUGUGUGUGUGUGUGUGUGUGUGUGUGUGCGCGCGUGCGUGCGUGCGUGCGUGCGUGCGUGCGUGCGUGUGUGUGUGCGUGCGUGCAAGUGUUUGUGUGUGUGUAGGCACGUGCAUGCAAGUGUUAGAGUGAUCAAUGUACACAAACACACACAGUAUUCAUUAGCGAAAACUGAACUCAUAUUCCAGACUUCCUUCCUGCUCCUGAGCUCGUUGUGAUUGGUCAGGAGUUCUGUUUCCACAACAUCAGUGAGGAGAUUCUAUCUGUGCGUGUGUGUGUGUGUGUAUAUGUGUGUGUGUGGUGGGCUUUUUGCCUGUACAGCAAUUCUCUCAAGCCACUGGCAUUGUGUUGUAUUUAAAGUUUUAUGUGUAAACCACACAUUUAGUUGUUUUUUUUUUUGCUGGGAAAGCACCUUUGGGGCCUCAGUUUGGAAACACAAAGGUUUUGAGCUGUCCAAAACAUUAUUAGUGGUGUGUAUUUUAGUUCCAUAACAUCAAGUUAGACUCAAGUCACACAUUUAAUGACUUUAGGCAAUGGCCUCCCUGAUCUAAUUAAUAUUAAUAAUAAUGAAUAGAUCCAAUCAAGUUGCAGGAGAGAAUCCUGGAAAACUAACGAUACUUUACUGAGCACCUGUUGGAAAAAAAAUUAGAUGAUUUAUUUCCCUUACAAAAACCAUGUGAUUGUCUAAAAAAAAGAGUUGCAGAUAUAACAGAUGGAGCACUUCCAACAAACCUGUUUUAACAAAUAAGUACAAAUUUAAAAAGCAUUCAUGCUUUCUGUAAAUUUAAUAGAGUAUUAAUCUGUUGUUAAAUGGCAUUACAUUUGGUGACGAGUGCAUUAUGUAUUGUUUAAGGCUCGUAACCCAAAGUUUAGGACUUGGGAGUUGAGUGCAAAGACUUGAGACUUAGUUGUGAUUUGCAAAACUGACAUGGUCCCACCUUUGAAACUUAGCUACUAAAUACAAAAUGUGAGGUCACGUCUGUGGACUGCUCACACUUUCUAGUCUAUAUUACUCUCAAGGCUCUCAGCCUUGAUAGAAAUCACACUGAGCAUAUGAUAAAAAAAAAUCAAUACACAAACUAAAAGCUAAUGUGUUUUUAUGAGCGAGGCCCCUUGUGGACAAUCUUAUCCAGAUGCUGGAUGCAUCCAGUUAAUUUCCCUUUGCCAAUGCAAACAUUAUGAUUCCAAAGCAAUGCAUAAUUGAAGUAUGCACACACAUGGUGAUGACUUUCAAACUAUUGAGUCAAAGAGGAAUAAGGUGCUUAGGUGUUGUAUCGGUCUGUAUUUGUGUGUUUAAAGCUGUGAAGCUUUUGUUACAACAGGCUCCCCUUUAUGUGUGUGUGUGUGUGUGUGUGUGUGUGUGUGUGUGUGUGUGUGUGUGUGUGCGCGCACUGGAAUGUGCAAAGGUGCGUUUUUGCGCUUGCAUGUGGUGUCUAGCUGAAUCUCACCUGGGUCUGACCAAACUAGGUCACGUCCAGCCACGUUUAUGGGUCAGAUGAGUAAUCAUCUGACAUUUGUGACUUUCCAUUUGGUAUGUGCGCUCCCAUUAGAGAGGUGGCCCAGAAUGACAAGUAGAGUGUGAUAGUUGCUGAACUGUUCCACUGCGUAACCAGCAUGGAACAACAGUUAUAAUAUUCCCAGGCACACCACAGCACGUGCUGCCUCUGUUUCGGCCUUUCUCUGUGUCUCUGUGGCUGCCUCUCCCUCCGUCUUCCUCCCUGUAUUUAACAGGAUGCUCUCUGUCUUCUCCUCUCUGCUGAUGCUGUUUCAAUAUCUUCAGUAUGGAGGCAAAAAAGAGAUAUAAAUAUUUGAAUUUUGAAAAAACAGAUUCAGGUUGCAUAAAUUUAAUUGGCCAAAACAUUCAGGCUUGAUUGCCUGUCCUGUUUUAUUUAUUUAUUUAUUUAUUUAUUUUCAACUUAAAUCUUUAGUUCUAAAUUUGACCAACUGAAUUUGAGCAGAGGCCCCGGAUAAGCACAUGGAUGGAUGGAUGGAAGGAAUUUGAGCACCCUGAAUCUGUGUGUAUGUGGGUGUGUGUUUUGUGUUGUUUUUUGGAUCUAAAUUUGUGAAACUGCAAAUCAUUUCAUAUUUUGAUUUCAAAAAGAAACUGAGAACAAAACAUUUCGACUGAAAAAAAUCAGAAUGCUUAAAUUCAGUUUACAUUAAAGUUUAAAAAACAAAUUUUAAAAAACUCAAAUAGCAACAUCCAGGACAGGAUAAGCAAUCAAAUCUGAAUGUUCUGACCAGUCGAAUUAACCAAUGUUGAACUGAAUUUUUAUAUCUGAGUAUGACCAGUCAAAUUUGAGAAACCUGAAUCUAUUUUUUUUAAUUAUGAAACUUGAAUUCUUUGAUCUGAAUCUGUGAGCAGUAAGAAAAAUUAAAUGUCAUAUUUGAAUUUCAAAGAGGCAUUACAGCGCAAACAAAUUCAGAUACAUGGUUUUCUAAGUAAAAUUCUUCAAUGCUAUGAAUUCAGUGAUGUUUGAAUUUCAAAAAUAAGUCUCCAGUGGCUGUUAAAAUUCAAAUACCUAUGUCUAUUAAUUGCCUCAAUACUUUAGUAUCUAAAUGACAGCCACUUUUGAGUUGGUGGGUCAGAGCUUUUCAGAUUGUCUUUGUGUCUGUGUGUGUGACAGUGAGUGUGUUGUUGUGUUGGGUGCAGGUGCUGAAACAUUGUGCGGUGAGCAUGUUUUAAUGAGCACAGCAGUGCAGUAUCUCGCCAUCCCUCUCUUCCUUUUACACACACAAACACAUACACACACACGCACACACACACACACAGGGUGCUAAUUUUAUGCAAGCACAGUCAAAUGCACCAUGCACAGAGUGCAGAGGGAGUGGUGGCACACUAUUUUGUAUUGACAUGGCUGUAUGGUGUGAAGCGCACCCAUGGAAACAAGAAGAGUCUAUUAUAAUCCAUUAUCAAAGGGUGUAUUAACGUUUGGUAACAAUCAUGGCCAAUCACAUCAGCUCCUCUCGUGCCCUUUAAAUGCAGCACCCUCUUCAUCUUGACACACUGACAGCUGGGUAAUGGAGUCCAGAGGUGCUUCUCCUCAGAGGACACUAACAUGCUCAUACAGGAGAGGAACUGUCGCAUUGUACAAGCUGCACAGUACAUUUUUCUGCGCUGGCACAUACAGUAGAUAGAGCCGACAUACAUGAAACAACAUGUGCAUGCACACACAAACAUGCACACACACAACUUUUGCCCUCUGCAUGUACUCACAGCUCAUGCCAACACACAGUGUUUUUUUAUUUUACUUAUCUAUUAAAAAGUACAUUUGCAGACAGCUCUUUUUCAGAUCAAGAAUCUAAUUCUCUUUAACGUGUAGAGGGUUUGUGAUGUGAGCUCACUUUUGUGAGAAAAUACUCUUUUGGAAUGUUAAAAAGAAUUUAUUUGGUUCAAAUGAGGGUUUCAUGGUGAAAUGUGUUAGUAUGUCAAUAAAUUAUUUUUGAAAGUGAUUAAGGCAAAUUUUGUUUUGGGUGAAGUGUCUAAAAGACAUGAAUGAUUAUUCCUGUGAACAAUUUUAUUUCUAAAUGUUGUAUCAGUGUAUUUUUAAUCAAGUUUCUCUUUGUCUCAGUUUAUGGCUGUUCCAAUGUUGUCCUCCUCCUUCUUGAUGAAAUGUGUGGUGGGAAAAAGUGUAAAAAUAAAAAAAGGAAACAAUCAUAUUUAAACAUGCAGAGAUGUGGAAAAUAUUCUAUGUAUAAAAGAUAUAAAUGUGAGAUGAUAUCCUUGUCUAUAAUAAAAAAUUAAGCGAUUUAAAAUGAGGUCACUAUUUCAGCACA